AUGCCACGCAGUGCCUAUGAAGGAGACCGUGUGGUUCUCUCAGAAAGGAGCUCAGUGACCCUGUCCUGUGACACCCAGCUCCCUUUAGAUCUCAGCAAUAUGGAAAGAAGACCCAGGAUAUUACUGAGAUCAGGAGAGGAUGAGAUUUCUGUGGGCUGUGGUCAUUCCAGAGAGCAAAAGAAUGUGGAGGAGGUGCAGGGGAUCCCUGUGUCUGGGGUGCUCCUGGAGACCCAGCCCUCAGGGGGCCAGGCAGUUGAAGGGGAGACGCUGGUCCUUGUCUGCUCCGUGGCUGAAGGCACGGGGGACACCAAGUUCUUCUGGCACCGAGAGGACAUGCAGGAGAGUCUGGGGAGGAAAACUCAGAGUUCCCCAAGAGCAGAGCCGGAGCCCCCUGCCAUCAGGGAGAGCCAUGCAGGAGGUUACUACUGUACAGCAGACAACAGCUACGGCCCCGUCCAGAGCGCGCUGCUGAAUGUCACUGUGAGAGUUCCCGUGUCGCGUCUUCUCCUCAGCUUAAUUGCUCCUGGCGCCCUGGCCUUCAUUGGCGAUGUGGUGGAGCUUCACUGUGAAGACAGGAGAGCGUCUGCACCCAUUCUGUUUUGGUUUUACCAUGAAAAUGUGACUCUGGGGAACGCCUCAGCACCUUCUGGAGGAGGAGCGUCCUUCGAUCUCUCCGUCGCCGCAGAGCAUUCUGGGAACUACUCCUGUGAGGCCGAAAAUGGCUGGGGGUCCCGGCGCAGUGAAGUGGUGGCACUCAAGGUCACAGAGCCCCCUACCAAAGUCCGUUUGAUUAAUGGUCCCCACCACUGCGGUACCGUGUGUGAUGACGGCUGGGACAUGAAGGAUGUGGCCGUGGUGUGCCGGGAGCUGGGCUGUGGAGCAGCCAGGCACGCACCUGCUGGCAUGUUGUAUUCAAGAGUGGCAGAAGAGGCCCAACCUGUGUUCAUUCAGGUUGCCCUGUGCAAUAGGACAGAAGAGGCACUGGCUGAAUGUGAGCAAAUUGAGACCUUUGACUGUGGGCAUGAGGAGGAUGCAGGAGCAGUGUGUGAUCAUUCUUGCCUAAUACUUUUUGAAGAUCUGGAGACUGGGGAUCAGCAGGCCCAUAUCCUCAUUGGCCUCACAGGCCUGGAGAGCACCACAACCCCAGAUGGACUUUAA